CCCACCUCAUCAUACAUAAUCCUCGAGCUUGGUCUUUGUUCCCCCGCCGGCACAUCGAGCUCCGACAUUUGGCUCACGCCUGAUAUGGAGCUUCCCAAAUGCCGGCAUUGCUCGACUUAGAAAGCCAUGUUUUGGCCCAUUGGGAGCCCCAGAGUCUACGCCGCGACCCAGCACCAGCUCCCCAAAGAGCUCCGCACCAUCUCCAACGACGGCCUGCAAUCCCCAUCAAAGCCCGCGGAAACCAAUGGCGCGCGCCGAGUCAUAUCCGCAACUAACGCGCCGCAACGUCAAGACGGCGACGACGAGAAACAUCAUGACCCGGUGACGCAAGGGUCGGACGGCACCCCAUCGCACCCGCCGGGCGCACCCAACGGGACGCUGCAAGGGACUGAGGCGGAACAGCACCUUGACGGGGAGAUAGUCGGGUUGCGCGUUGCUCGAAACGGUCACAUCUUUGCGACCAUUACGCGCUCAACACUCACCGUCUGGCAGGCAAAGCCCACCGCGAUUCUAGCUUCCGUGCUGCGCUCAACCCACUCUAUCAGGACAUACGGUCCCAACGUCGCCCUUCUCCUGCGCCCCGACUCGGCCAUAUUCGUCGUGCAAACCACGCUAGGCUACUUGAUAACCUACUCCUUGGCCACGGACCCGAACUCUCGCGUAUACAGACAACAUUUCGACAUUAAUGCCCAUGGACACUCGCGGCGACAGAGUAUUGCUGGAAGUAGGCAGCAUGGAACUACCGACAAACCCGGAGGGCCUGGCGAGGGCGGCGGUGUCCGAGAAGCCAGCCUCCGCUUUCGAAUGGUUAUAAAGGUCGACGCUGGCAUCGCAAAGGCCUUGGCUCUGGACGAAGAACUAGUUGUUGCGACUGAGAAGCCUGCUGCCAUCCAGUGCAUUCGCUGGGCACCGGACAGCAACGGGUCGCAAAUCAGCACGGAGCCGCUCAGCCGCAUGUCAUGGCUGGGGAAAAAGACUACUGUGGUGGACGUCGUGCAUGAUCGGCCGAUGAAUCUUUAUGCUUGGGUGAUGAGUGAUGGCAAGGCCUAUGCUGUCCAACGGCUUCCGCCAGAGCCGGGAAAUGCUCAGGGGCAACAACCUCUGUUCAAGGGCUACUGUUUCCACGAACCCGAGACUGCGGACACUCAGGCCGUCAAGGCUGCCAUCAAUGCCCGAUUCUCAUUAAUAGCCGUUGCCUGUGCGAGCGGAGACAUCCAUGUCUAUACCGCCCGGGACUAUGAUGGCCAUGUUCCAUUGUCACACAAGCUGCAGACGGGUCUUACUACGGCGACCUCAGGCAAGCUGACCUUCCUCAGCUACUCUCCGGAUGGGUAUUGCCUCUUUGCCGGUUACGAAACAGGAUGGAUGAUGUGGAGUGUGUACGGCAAACCUGGAGCAAACAGUUUUACUUCGACGCGUCCAAUGUCUGAGAACAACGACGAAGGGUGGCUCCUGAGCAUUCGUGAUGGUUUCUGGCUUGGCGGCGGCUCGGAGAUCAUUCUUCUCAGCCAAAACGACAAUCGACUAUGGCUGCUCGAGAUGGCCCGCAGUGCCGUCGCAGGAUGCUUUUCUUCAGCCAAUGUCUCACGCUCGUUGCUCCAAACAAACGCCGGCUUCAUGAUUUAUCGCGGCUACGACAUGCCAGACUUGACGGCAAUAUCGGCAGAGGCGUCUUUAUGGUAUCACGUCCAGAUUCCGAACGCCUAUUUGGUUGACCAAUGGCCCAUAAGGAGCGCAGUCAUCUCCGCUGAUGGCCGCUAUGUGGCUGUAGCAGGUCGGCGCGGCCUGGCCCAUUACAGCGUCAGUAGUGGCAGGUGGAAGACUUUCGAGAACCCCGUCAUGGAAAACGAAUUCACUGUUAGGGGUGGCAUGUGCUGGUAUCAACACGUCCUUAUUGCCGCAGUUGAAUCCAACAACUCUCAUGAACUUCGCAUUUACUCUCGCGAAAAAGAGCUUGACAACAGCAAAGUCAUGCACGUCGAACGCCUACCAGCGCCCAUUGUGCUUAUCGCGCCCUCGGGGGAUGACUCGCUCCUGGUCUAUACCUACGAGAACAUUCUUUAUCACUACAUAAUCAACGUCGCAAACUUUUCGGUAAGGAUCGUACAGGUUGGUCAAAUUGCGCUUCACGGCAUCAUCCGAGCACCGCCUCGAGUGCGAGCUUUGAGCUGGAUACUGCCAGAAGAACAGCUAGACCACGGUGACCCAGCACAAGACGUCGCUGUGGCCACGAUCCUCUUCCUGGUCGACGGGAAACUCGUACUUUUACAGCCAACGACCAAUGAAGACGGCAUGCUAAAAUAUGAGAUGCGCAUCAUAGCACAAAACGUGGAAUACUACGCGCUGAUGCGCGAUCAUCCUUCAUUCCGCAUUGCAGAGGACGAGGAUUAUCUGCCGCCCAGCUCGGCUGCUAACAUGACAAGCAAUCAAUUCCAGGGACAUGACCUGCGAGAUUCAUUGUGGUAUUUCGAUGGGCAGGACAUGAAGCUCUGGAUUGAUGCGCAGGACGUUCUGAUCUCGGCAUCUGCGGAGCUGGGCAGAGACCUUCCAGCCACGGUGAACAUACCAGUGGACUUUUACCCCUUGUCUCCUCUCAUGAGCAAGGGGAUACUAUUUGGCGUCGAGUCUGAUUUGGUGCAAAGACGUGACAUCAAUUUUGCUUACUUCCGGUUUGCAACUAGGACACACCUCUUCAUCCCGCCGUUACUUCGACACCAUUUGGCGCAAUAUAAUUCGCCCGCGGCGUUGCAUUUGUCUCACCACUAUCAGCAUCUGCUCUAUUUUCCGCAUGCGCUGGAGAUCUUAUUGCACGAUGUGCUAGACGACGAAGUGGAUACCUCUCCGCCACCGGAGCAAGCGCUACUCCCAAGCGUACUCUCGUUUCUUUCUUCUUUCCCGCAGUAUCUAGACAUUGUCGUCCAGUGCACGCGCAAGACGGAAGUCCGCUCUUGGCGCACGCUAUUCGCGCACCUGCCGCCUCCGCAAGAACUGUUUGAAGAGUCGUUGCAGCGCGGGUCUCUCAAGACGGCAGGCGGCUACCUACUGGUGUUGCACACGUUUGAGGAGCUGAGCUCGAGCUCGCAUCAAUUGAUCCGGCUGUUGCAGCGGGCGAAGAACGAGCAGGACUGGGACCUGUGCAAGGAGCUGGCGCGGUUCCUCAUGGCGCUGGACGAGACGGGUGCAACGCUGAAGGAGGCGUUGGAGCUGGUAGAGCUGGCGAGCCCGGUCGAGGUGGGCAGCAAGCAGUCGACGGGCAGCAGUUUCCUGUUUGAGGAGUCGCGGCAGGCGAUCUCGCGGCAGGGCGGCAGAGGCGCCAGGAACGGGACAGACAUUGGCAUAGGGAUCGGCGGCAUCGACCUGUCGGCUGGCGUGGAGGUGGGUGGCAGCAGCGUGGGUAGCAGUCGUAGCAACGGGACUACUGGCGUUAGGGAUCGGGACAAGGAUGUCGAUUACUUCACAGUGUAGUUAUUAGUUAGGUAUGGAAAGAGGAACGGUUCACAGCACGGACUU